UUCCUACAUUUACUUCGGCCACAGUAACAGUGUCUUCACACUGCGUUACUUUUCUACAAUUCGCAUUUCUGGUGGACGGUACUUAAUUUAUUUUGUUCAACUGAUCGUUUUUUUUGCAUAAACAAAUAUUAAUUUGUGCAAUUAAUAGUUCCCAAUUGUCCAUAUAAACAUAAACAUACAUAACAUACAACACAUACACAUUUACAUAUUCCUACAUUUACCUCGGCCCCAGUAACAGUGUCUUCACACUACGUUACACUUCUACAUUUCUGGUGGACGGUACUUAAUUUAUUUUGUUCAACUGAUCGUUUUUUUUUGCAUAAACAAAUAUUAUUUUACUGCUACAUUCUAAAUUUUUUCGGACGGUACUCAAAUCACCGUAUUGUUUCGGUUUUCCGUCAGUGCACAUCAGUACCAUCCCGUAUUUCCGACAUUCCACGCUUCUGGUGGACGGUACUUCUACAUUCUGGAUUUUUUUUCUCAAUUCAAUUUUGGGAUUUAUUUGUUAUUCAUAUCCAAACUUGCUUCAGCUAGGUACGCUUUUUUCCAUUCCGCAUUUCUGGUGACCAGAAAUUUCACCAGUUUUUUUACACGGUUGUCCUCUAUUCCUUUUUCUGGUAAUAAUUUUGCGCUUAUUCUCAAACAACUAUAAUGAUGUCUGAAGCAGGCCAGAAGCGGGAUCCUAGCCCAAGGGACGCGGGGGCUGGACCCGCUGGGAAUUUGAGAUCAAAAACUAGAACCUCCUUAGACGCUGCGGUGCUUGAUUUUAUAGCCACCAGCGACCGGCUUAGCAAAUUUGAAAGCCAGAUUUGUGCGGCAUCCUCGUCCUCUGCCGAGCCUAAUUCUUUUACACUAAAGAUCCGCCUAGACCAAAUCCAGUCCCUCUGGGACAAGGUUGAGCGGGAAUACGAAGCAGUCUCCCGUCUAGCCCUUCACGAAGGAGGUGGCGAAAGCGUUCGGCAGCUUCAGAGCAAAUAUGAGAAUUGCUACUUGGUUUAUGAGAGGUGUGCUUCACAAUUAAACGAACAUAUUGCCCGUCUGUCCGCCCCCAGUUCUCAGGGGAGUUCAAAUUCGUCCGUUGAGACGUUCUCGAAGGGUUGCAGGCUUCCGCCAUGUGACACGGAAAUCUUCACUGGAGAUUAUCUGCGGUGGCCCACCUUCCGGGACCUAUUCACAGCGAUCUACAUCGAUAAUUCCAGGCUGACUCCAGUGGAAAAAUUAUUCCACUUAAACGCCAAAACCAGCGGCGAAGCUCACGCUAUUGUUAUCAAGUCCCCCCUUACAAAUUCUGGGUUCCAAUCCGCAUGGUCUGCACUUCAAGAGCGUUUUGAAAACAAGCGACUCUUAGUAAAUAGCCAGUUGAAGGUUCUGUUCAAUCUCCCGAAGAUAAGCACCGAAUCAGGAACGGCCUUGAAGGAUCUUCAGAGCACGAUUCAAGGGUGUUUGAUUGCCAUGGAACACUCCAAUGUCUCCACAGAAAAUUGGGAUUGCAUUCUGAUUUUCUUCUGCUCUUCCAAGUUGCCAACAGUCACUCUCUCAUUAUGGGAACAGUCGUUGAACAACAAGUCCGAAAUUCCUACCUGGGACGAGAUGAAUUCGUUUCUCGAAGAUAGAUAUCGCACGCUAGAAGCGAUUGAAGAGGUUCGACUUCAUACUUCCAACUCACAACAUACUAGGGAGCCCAGGAACCCACAGCCGAGAAGGGUAAACUCCUUUGAAACGCAAGUCGGCCCACGUGUACGCUCCUGUGAUCUCUGCUCCAGAGAGUCACAUCCAGUUCGGCAGUGUCCUCGUUUCCUCCAGAUGACUCAACCACAAAGAGUAUCAUAUAUCAAGCAGAAGCGAUUAUGCCUUAAUUGCCUCGCCAAAGGACACAAUCUUCGAGAGUGCACAAGUAGACACAAUUGUUUUACGUGCAAGGGCCGCCACAACACGCUGCUUCAUAAGGAAAGUCCUGCUACUUCCACCAGCGCAGCGCAGGCUCAUAAUCCAGAUCAGCCCACUGCGAACACUUCUGUUCAUUUCGCCUCCAAUCGGCAGGGCAUCCUUUUAGGAACGGCCAUUGUCCAAGUCUGUCACCAGGGAGAAAACUUUCCCGCACGGGCUUUGAUAGACUCAGGCUCAGAGGGCACCUUCAUCUCCGAGAAGCUUGCGACCAGAAUCAAGCUUCCUUGUCAGACCGUGAGAACUAGAAUCACGGGGCUGAACCAAACCAGCACAGGUGUCUCACAAAGGAUGUGUCACUUCCAGAUGGGCACGGCGGCGAAGCCGAUGCUCAAGAUAGACACGACUGCGUUGGUGUUGCCCAAUCUGGCCGGGAAUCUGCCGACGAGUUCGAUCGAUCGCAGCAUUCUCGGAAGACUUCCCAAUAUUCCGUUGGCUGAUCCACUCUUUUUCCAGCCCUCCCAGAUCGACCUUCUAAUAGGGGCGGAUAUUCUUCCGUCUGUCCUCCUCUCAGGCUUGAAGCCAAACUUAUGUGGGUCACUGCUAGGGCAAGAGACCAUUUUUGGGUGGAUUUUAACCGGGCCAGUUUCUACAGCCACUAGUAGGGUUUCGUCCUUCACAACAAAGAUAUCCAUAGAAUCGGAACCUACCAUGGAGACACUUCUCACAAAAUUUUGGGAGGUGGAGGAUCUUCCAUGUAAAGUAGUAAAGGAGUCGGACAACUUGUGCAAAGAAAACUUCGCUCGAACGACUAUCAGGUCUCGGGACGGGAAAUAUGUAGUAUCCCUACCCUUCAAGGAUGCUGAGCACAUCAACUUGGGGCAUUCCAGAUCAUUCGCUCUCGCACAAUUCCUAAGGAAUGAGACUAGCCUGAAAAGGGAUCCUAUUCUCAAAGAUACCUAUGACUCAGUGAUCAAAGAGUACAUAGAUCUUGGCCACAUGAAGCCUGUGCCUCCGAAUACGGACACGGUGAAUUUUUAUCUUCCCCACCACGCGGUUUUCAAGCCCGAAAGUACUACCACAAAGGUCCGUGUGGUAUUCAACGCAUCCAGUCCCUCGUCAAAUGGGAACAGCCUGAAUGACAUCCUGCAUCCAGGGCCAGUACUUCAGUCCGAUCUCACCCUCCAGAUCCUAAAGUUGCGAACAUUCCAAUUUGUCUUUAAUGCCGAUAUCACCAAGAUGUAUAGGCAGAUUCCCCUAAACCCUGCACACACCGCUUUUCAGAGAAUUCUCUUUCGAGAUGAUCGUGGGGACAUCAGGGACUAUGAGCUUCAGACUGUCACGUUUGGAGUUAAUUGUGCCCCGUUUCUAGCUUUACGAACGUUGCGGCAGCUGUCCGAGGAUGUCCACGCCCUAUAUCCACGGGCAUCUCGAAUAAUUUCAGAUUAUAUGUAUGUGGACGAUGUGCUUGCAGGAGCCCACACGAAGGUCGAGGCUACUUUAGCCAUUCAAGAGUUGAGGACAGCUCUGAGCUCCGCAGGAUUUCCUCUCCGCAAGUGGACAGCAAAUGAGCGAACUCUCCUAAAGGCACUUCCUUCAGACCACCUGCUCUCAGGUGACUUCCUCGACAUCGAAGAGGUGAGCACCACGAAAACGUUGGGAAUACGGUGGAACGCCAAGGCGGAUGAGUUCUAUUUUGUCCCGACUGAGCUUGUUGUCAAUGCGAAUUAUUCCAAGCGCAACGUCCUAUCGCAAAUCGCAAAACUGUUCGAUCCCGCUGGAUGGUUGUCCCCAUUUGUAGUCCAGGCCAAGAUCCUAAUGCAGGAUAUAUGGUUAGCCGGCAUUGGAUGGGACGAGUUUCUCCCUGCAGAGCUACGGCAACGCUGGCAUGAUUUCCUUCGCAGCCAUAGUUCCCUCCACAAGGUUCGCGUCCCGCGUUGGGUACAAUUCCGACCGGGAGCACAAGUUCAGAUCCACGGCUUCUGUGAUGCAUCUCAGAAGGCCUAUGGGGCAGCGAUUUAUGUUCGCAUCCAAUACGACGGAGGCUUUUCGUCGAGUCUGCUCACGUCAAAGACUAAAGUCGCCCCUGUCAAAACCGUUUCACUCCCGCGCUUAGAAUUGUGUGGUGCAGUUCUUCUUGCUGACCUGUGGGCUGCAAUUCUUCCUCACAUCCCGUUUGGUCGAAUAGAGACGUUUUUCUGGACUGAUUCCACCAUUGUGUUGGCAUGGUUGAACAAGCCACCAUGUCAAUGGACCACCUUCGUAGCGAAUCGAGUGACUAAGAUUGCUCUAAAUACAGAUGCCAGUCAAUGGUCACAUGUGCGUUCCGAGCACAAUCCAGCAGAUCUAGCCAGUCGUGGUGUCACGGCUGAAGAGCUGGCAAGUAGUGACCUCUGGUGGCAUGGCCCGUCGUGGCUGAGUCAGCCGCAAGUCGCCUGGCCCACGUCGCACGAAGAGGUAUCGGACCCUGAACUCGAAAGACGAUCCGUCCGGUGCCAUUUAGCGUGUCCAGCAUGGGAUCUCCUAGAGCGUUUUUCAAACUUCAAUCGCAUGCUGCGAGUCAUGGCUUUUGUGCAGCGGUUCAUCAACCGCUGCAGAUGCAUUCCUACGCCUUCUUCUACAGACUUAAGCAGUAAAGAACUCGCCCAUAUACAACUCAUGCUUAUUAGGCAAACUCAACGGGCCGACUAUCCAGAGGAAUACAACAUCCUGCAAUCCAAAGGACAGCUUCCCUCGUCCAGUUGUAUCCUCAACCUUAAUCCGUUCCUGGAUGCUGACGGCAUCAUGAGGUCAUGCGGUCGUUUGACUGCAUCUGACUCGUUAUCCUACGACGAACGUCAUCCUAUCCUUUUGGCGUACCAUUCCAAACUAGCAGAGCUUCUGGUCACAUUUACUCACCGUAUCUCCAUACACGGGGGAAACCAGCUUAUGGUUCGUCUCAUCCGGACGAGAUACUGGAUUCCGAAGCUGCGGAACCUGAUCAAACGUGUGACCACGACCUGCAAGGUGUGUGUCAUUCACCGGAAGAAGGUGCAGUCCCAGCUAAUGGGUAAACUACCUCAGUCCAGAGCGACCUAUUCGCGACCCUUUACACACACAGGACUCGACUUCGCGGGACCGUUUGAUGUCAAGAGCUAUUCAGGUCGGGCCUGUCGAAUCACGAAGGGCUAUGUCUGCGUCUUCGUGUGCUUCAGUACGAAGGCCAUCCAUUUGGAAGCCACUUCGGACUUGACCACGGAGAAAUUCCUCGGAGCCUUCUCAAGGUUCGCGGCCAGAAGAGGGUGCCCUCUCCAUCUUUACUCGGACAACGGAAAGACUUUUGUGGGCGCGGAGAAGGCCCUCACAGAAGAUUUCAUCGCUGCGGUUAAGGAAAAGGUUACCUCGUCAUUUAGUCACCAGAGCCUAUCCUGGCAUUUCAACCCUCCAGGCGCCCCCCAUAUGGGAGGCCUGUGGGAAGCAGGAGUCAAGAGCUUCAAGACUCACUUCUACAAGACGACAGGUAAUUUUAAGUAUACCCUUGAAGAGUUAUCCACUCUACUGUGUCGGAUCGAGGCAUGCCUCAACUCCAGACCAAUUUCAGCGAUGUCAGAAGAUCCGUCGGAUAUCCUCGCUCUCACUCCGGGACAUUUUCUGAUAGGCGGACCGCUACUUGUCCCCGCCGAACCUCCCACCGCCGGCGAAGCCAGUUCUAUCCUGAACCGAUGGCAGCGACUCAAAGCCCUUGGCCAGCUUUUCGCAUCGAGAUGGAAAGCUGAAUACCUGAAAGAGUUCCAUAAGAGGACCAAGUGGCAAAUUCCAACCAGGAAUAUGUCCGAAGGCGACAUGUCGUUCUUUUCUCUCAGCUUCUCUCAUCUCUUUGCGCCAGCCAUGCCGUCCCAUCGCAACCAACGUCGCCAGCUCAUCGACAGAUGUUCUCGAGGAGCUCGAUCGUUCCGAUGCCGAGUCUGUCAGGGGAUUCAUCCGCUUCGGACGUGUUCGCGGUUUCUCCGGCUAGAUGCAGAGCGGCGGCUCCGUGCGGUCCUCAUCAACAAAUAUUGCCCGAACUGCUUGGCGCACCAGCAUUCCGGAGGCUCGUGCCGAAGUGAGUGUCGCUGCCGAGUAUGUGGGGACGCUCAUCACACCCUGCUGCAUCUCCAUCGGCGGGAAAAGCGAGAGCGGUCUGCCAGCGUGGACAGGCCCAUCGAGACGCCAGAGCCGAAGGCCAACAUCGAGCAACCCCGCCUCUCGGCAGUGCUCUCCCACACUGCAAUGGCUAUCCUGCCCACCGUCAAUCUGCGGUUCGACAUCGGGGACAAACGCUUCGAUGUGCGGGCUAUGGUAGAUGCGUGCUCUACUUUGAGCCGCAUUGACGGAUCACUAGCCGAGGCCAUGGCCCUCCCUAUCCUGGGAGUCGGUGAUGAGAGGGUGUGCAGAGCCACUCUCAUACCGAUGCAUACAGAGACGCCACGGAUUGAGGUGGUGUUCCACGUCGAGGAGCAGCUGCGAAUGCGGACUCCUGCCCGAGAGCUGCCUGACGCUGCCAAAACAGUGUUCACCAACCUCAUCCUGUCGGACCCCAGUUUCCACAGGCCGGCUGGUACCUCCGUCGUGCUAGGUGCGGAUGUGUUUCCCACGCUUAUCCAACCGGGUGUCAUGCACAGCCAGAACGGGCACAUCGUAGCACAGAGCACUGUUUUAGGAUGGAUGCUCUCCGGAACAUACGCCCACUGACGCAUCACAGAUUCUUUUGCAAUCUGUGGCAUUGCAAGGCGGGCGGGAUGUUUACUCCAGCUCCCGUGUGCCAGUUCCACGCGUCCCUAAAUGGAGAAGGGAAUCCACCCACUCUCUUUUGAAAAAGGGAGUAUUCUGCCAUUAGGGACCGCUGGCCACACCCUUUCCUUUUUUGCUUACUCACUUACUUACUUUCAUUUCUACAAGUCACGAAGACACAAAAUUUGGAGCAACCUGUUUAUAUUUGUACAUAUAUACAUCAAAGUGAAUAAAGACUACCCUUUGGAGAACCAGAAAUCCUCGCCUCUGCGUUUCAAUUGGAAUCAAAACGAUCCGGUUUCUCAGCCGCCGCAACCCCCAGCAGAG